AAAUACUCAUCCCUCUCUCUCUAUAGCUACAUCACACUCUUCGUGCUCUUCGCCCCCAUCUCUUUCUCUCUCUCUAUUUUCUUCGAACCCAUUUCGAAGAACCCUCUCAGAUCUCUCUCUACCCUUAGAUUCGUCUCUCUUUUCGAUCCAUCAAUGGCUUCUGUCACUGGAUCGUCCUUGACCUCUUUCUCAUGCUUUUUCAAACAAAACCAGGCACCCACCAGGAUCUCUAGUCCGAAUUCGGUGUCCCUAUCGAUUAAAGGGAAAGGCUUUACAUCACUUAGGAGCUACCCGGUGCCACAUCGCUUUCGGGUUUCAUGUGCGGCCAAAGUAGAGACUGUAGACAAAGUGUGUGAAAUAGUGAGGAAACAACUGGCACUACCUGCUGAGACUGCAGUCACUGGAGACUCAAAGUUCACAACACUUGGGGCUGAUUCUCUUGAUACGGUGGAGAUUGUGAUGGGACUUGAGGAGGAAUUUGGGAUCAGCGUGGAAGAAGAAAGUGCCCAGAGUAUUACCACUGUUCAAGAUGCAGCUGAUCUGAUCGAGAAGCUCAUUGAAAAGAAAGGUGCUUAAAAAAAACAAAAGACUCCACCGGACUAAUGGUCGUUUGGUAGGGAAGUUGUUUUUUUACUUUGUUUUGCCGAUAUCUUGGUAACCUUUUACUUCAAAAGCUUCCAGUGUGCUUGUUAGAUCGAAUUUAUCAGGUUUGUGUGUGUCUUGUUUCUCUUUGUUUUGUCAGAAAGCACUUGCAUACUGCCCUUUUUUCUUUUUCUGUUUCUUUUUUGUGAGACUUAAAAUUAAGUUCAUUUAAAAAAAUGUAUUAGAAAUUUAAUAAAUCUUAUUGCAUUUUUAUUAUA